UCGGGGCGCGGGGCGAUGAGCGGCCGCCUGUGGCUGGGCCUGGUGUGGCUGCUGCUGGCACGGGCGCCCGGCGCCGCGGGGACCCCGAACAGUCCGCGGAGAGCACGCAGCUACCCGCACCUGGAGGGCGACGUGCGCUGGCGGCGCCUCUUCUCCUCCACGCACUUCUUCCUGCGCGUGGACACCAGCGGCCGCGUGCAGGGCACCCGCUGGCGCCACGGCGCCGACAGCAUCAUUGAGAUCCGCUCCAUCCGCGUGGGCGUCGUGGUCCUCAAGGCUGUGCACACGGGCUUCUACGUGGCCAUGAACCGCAGGGGCCGCCUCUACGGGUCGGUUCCAAGAGCGCAUCGAGGAGAACGGCUACAACACCUACGCCUCGCUCCGCUGGCGUCACCGUGGCCGGCCCAUGUUCCUGGCACUGGAUGGGCAGGGGGCCCCACGGCGUGGCGGCCGGACACAGCGGCACCACCUGUCCACCCACUUCCUGCCCGUCCUGGUCUCCUGAGACCCCAGGUCUGCAGGAUGCCUGAGCUGCACAGCCAGGGGCCUGGGGCCGGUGAGGUCCAGGCCGUGGCCAAGCCGGUCUGGUCACUCAUCUUCUCCCCAAGCAUUCAUGGAGUGUGGGCUAGGUGCCAGGCUGGGGACACUGCAGGUCCCCACGGACACGACCUGACCCCCAGGAGUGCCUGAGUGGGGGGGAGGUGGACACUGAGCUGAGCAGAGGCCACAGGUAUCCAGUCACAAGCUGGGCCACGGAGGCCCAUGAUGGACAUGGCCAUGUGUCACCAGAAGGGCUGGGACACAGCCUAGGCAAAGGCUCUGUGAUGGGAGCCCAUUGGGGUGUCUGAGGCAGGUAGGUUGGGAGAGGCUCGGGCAGAGCAAGGUCUGAGGGCUGGGGGAGAGAGGGCGACAUGGACAUGCCACAGGGUAAGAGGUCCCCGUCCUCGUCCCGGGAGCUGGGACAUGUCCCCUCCCGUGGCAGAGGGGACCUUGUCAGGGCCCCAAGGUGGGGGUGACUCUGGGUUCCUGAGGGGGCCAGCGUCCUCACCAGGUUCUUACGAGAGGGAGGCAGAGGGCAGGGGUCCCAGAGACGGGCAGACCCCGCGCUGCUGACAGGGAGGAUGGAGGGGGGCCGCAGGCCAGGAAAGGGCAGGAGUCGGGUCUCCCUGGGGCCCUGGGGAAAGGUGACGAGCCUUCCUUUCUGUAUUUCUGAGCCUAGAACUGUCAGGGAAUCGGUGUGUGGUGGUCACAGGGCAUAGAAUGAACACAGAAGCACAUGCACACACGCGCGGUCUGAAGCUGCUUGAAGGGCAGCCGCGGCCAGGGCCCCUCCGCUCCUGUGGAGCAGGCGCAGUGGGUCGGGGAGUUGGAGAGGGCACGUGCAGGCCACAGGGGCUCCGUGUCUGCAUCCUCCAGGGGCUCAGGGGAACCUGGGGUGGCCGUGCCUGCUGCCCCCCAGCACCCCUGAGCCCUCACCCCCAGGCUGAGCCCCAGCAGACAGAAAAGGGGCAGAGGGAAGAGCCCAGGUUCAAAGCCCAGCUCUGCAGCCUUGGGCCAGGUGGGUCGGCUCAGGUGUCCCACCCCGGGAGGCAGUCCCUGGGGCGGGAUGCAGUCGCCCACCCUCUCAGCAGCCACCUUCCACUUAAAACAUGGAGAGUGAAGCCAGGGAGCAGGUGCCAGCCAGGGCGUGCUGACCAGAGGAUGUUCGCCGUGGGCGGGGACGGCCGGGCAGGGGGGACCGCUGGUCCUCGGUGGCUGGGGCUUCCCAGCAGCUGGGUCCACCCCCAGGGAAGCUCUGU